CUCUUCUCUUCCCUUCCCUUCCCUUCCACCGCCGCCCUAGCCCUAGAUCCGCCAUGUCCACGCGCUCCGGGAUGCUCCACCUCAAGGAGAACGCCGCCGACGCGCAGCCCGGAAAGCGCCAGCGCAUGGGCGCCCGCGCCCCGCUCGCCGCGGCCGCACCCGCGCCCGACCCCGACCCCGCCAUCCACUUCUCCAGGAGGGACGAUGUCCACGCCCUCCUCAACGAGAAGAUGAAGGGCAAGAACAAGAUGGACUACAAGGGAAAGAGUGAGCAAAUGAUGGAGUACAUAAAAAAGCUACGGGCUUGCAUCAAGUGGCUGCUUGAGAGGGAGGAUGCUAACCUGGCUGAGAUUGGGAAGCUCAAUGCUCUACUUGAGGCUGCAGAGAAACAUCACUCUGAGAUUGUGGCUCAGCUGAAAAGUGCAAUAGAAGAAUCAAAGGCAAUAAAUGAGGAGCUUCAGAAACAGUAUGCUUCCUUAGAGGACAAUCUAAAGAGAGUGGAGGCUGAGAAACUGGAUGCCCUUAGGUCUUAUGGAGAUGAAAAGGAGGCAAGGGUUGCUGUAGAAUCUUCCCGAAAUGAGCUUUUGGAAGACCUCAGAAGAAUUAAGUUGGAGGAAAAACGUCUGAGUGAUCAGAUCAAGAUGCUUCAGGACACAAAUAAGAGGCUUCAAGAAUACAACACUAGUUUGCAGCAGUAUAAUAGCAACCUCCAGGCCGAUGCAACCAAAAACGGUGAAACAAUAGCAAAGCUUCAAAAGGAGAAGAACACUAUGGUAGAAACAAUGAAUGGUUUGAAGGAUCAUGCUAACUCAGUAAAGAUGCAGCUAGAUUUGGCAAAGUCUUCUCAAAAUGAAGCGCUAAAACAGAAGAAUGAUCUGUUAAAGGAGGUUGAUAGUCUCAGGAGUGAACUUCAGCAAGUAAGGGAAGAUCGUGAUCAUAAAUUAACUGAAAUACAUUCUCUGUUGGGUGAGAUAGGAACAUACAAGGAAAUGACAGGAAAGUCUGUAGUAGAAUUGGAUAAUGCCAUGACAAGAAGUACUGUCCUUGAGGAAACUUGCUCAUCCCAAAGAGAGAGGAUUAAAACAUUGGAGCUGCAGCUUGCAUCAGCUAACGAAAAGUUAAAGAGAUCUGAUUUAACAACUAUGGAGACAAUGACUGAGUAUGAGAAGCAAAAAAGAGCGUUGGAGGAUCUGCAAUCACGACUUGAAGAAGCUGAGCAACAAAUUAUGGAUGGAGAGAAAUUGCGGAAGAAGCUCCAUAACACAAUACUUGAGCUUAAAGGAAACAUUCGUGUGUUUUGUCGAGUACGGCCUUUAUUGCCAAAUGAGUCAGGAGCUGUUGCUUAUCCAAAGAGUGGAGAAAAUUUAGGUCGUGGCAUUGACUUGACCCACAAUGCUCAAAUGUAUUCCUUCACAUUUGAUAAAGUGUUCGAUCAGUCAGCAUCACAGGAAAAUGUGUUCAUUGAGAUUUCUCAGCUAGUACAAAGUGCGCUUGAUGGAUAUAAGGUAUGCAUAUUUGCAUAUGGCCAAACUGGCUCUGGAAAAACAUACACCAUGAUGGGACAUCCAGAGUUACCUGACCAGAAAGGAUUAAUACCAAGAUCUCUUGAACAAAUCUUCCAAACUAGCCAGGCUCUUAUUUCACAGGGUUGGAAAUAUAAGAUGCAGGCCUCCAUGUUGGAAAUCUACAAUGAAACCAUACGUGAUUUGCUAGCCACUAAUCGCACAGCUAUUCAAGAUGGCGGAGCUUCAAAGUACAGUAUUAAGCAUGAUGCCAAUGGUAACACCCAUGUGUCAGACCUCACAAUCGUCGAUGUAUCAAGUAUCAACGAAGUUUCUUCACUCCUCAGGCGGGCUGCUCAAAGCAGAUCAGUUGGAAAGACACAGAUGAAUGAAGAAUCAUCGAGAAGUCAUUGUGUGUUCACGCUUCGGAUUUUUGGUGUCAAUGAGGGUACAGAUCAGCAGGUGCAGGGAGUGCUCAAUCUAAUUGAUCUGGCGGGUAGUGAGCGACUUAACAAGAGUGGAGCAACUGGAGAUAGGCUGAAGGAGACACAGGCUAUUAAUAAGAGCCUGUCAUGCUUAAGCGACGUGAUCUUCUCCAUUGCAAAGAAAGAGGAACACAUUCCAUUCAGGAACUCAAAACUGACAUAUUUGCUACAGCCGUGCCUUGGAGGAGACUCGAAGACGCUUAUGUUUGUGAAUCUAUCCCCGGAGGUGUCAUUCACAGGGGAGUCGAUUUGCUCGCUUCGGUUUGCGGCUCGAGUGAACUCUUGCGAGAUAGGGAUCCCUCGGCGUCAGACCCAAAUGCGUAGCUUGUCACAGGGAUGAGUUGUCGAAGAGUGGCCAUGACUAAUGUAUUUGCGUGUGUUGUUCGAGGGAGGGAUGCAAUGGAUCAUUUGCAUCCCCUCCCCCUGUUCUGGUUGUGAUUGAAGCAAUUUGUUAAGAGGUGUGUGGGCGUGUAUAUUCUGAUUCUGAUUUGAUUUGUGUUGUGGGGUGUAUGAAGAUUGCUUGCAGAUACUAUCUAA